AUGUGGAAGCCUUCGGAGCGGCUGAUGGAAACCAUCAGACACUAUGCCAGCUUCCCCGCAACUGGUGUCUCGCUGAGGCAGAUGGUCCAAUUCGGCGACCGUCCCUCGACAGGCACCCUAUUCCGCGCCUCUCAGUUCCUUUCCGAGGAGCUCCCCAUCCGUCUCGCACAUCGCGUGCAGGAUCUUGGAGAGUUGCCAGAUGGAUUGAGCGAGAUGCCAUCGAUCAAAAAAGUCCAGGACUGGUAUGCGCAGUCCUUCGAGGAAAUCAUUGCUCUCCCACGCCCGAGCCUGACUCAAGAAGUGAAAGCGCGCCUGUUGCGACCCGGCCGGAUGCCCGGCGGUCCCUCGAAAAUUCUUUCUGAAACAACUCAAAACCCCAGCGUUCGCGAGGGCCAGUACCGGUCAUCCGUGACAGUCGGCAAUGGAAAUGGUAUUGGAAAAGCGCCCGCAGCAGGUCGUCGGUAUUUCUUCCCCGCGGAUGACCGCGGAGACUGGCCCCCGGAACUUAAUGACUACAACCAACGAUUCGCCAAGACACUCCAGCAGAUCAAGCGACGCCACGAUGGGGUCGUGACCACUGUCGCGCAAGGUAUUCUCGAAUGGAAACGCGUGCGGCAGCGCAUGCAGAUCGACUCCACGAUUCAAUCCUUCCUCGACCGGUUUUAUAUGUCAAGGAUUGGUAUACGAAUGCUUAUAGGUCAACACAUCGCACUCACGGAACAAACGCACGUCAAACACCCCAACUAUGUCGGAAUAAUUUGUACCAAGACCAAUGUCCGGGACAUUGCGCUUGAGGCCAUCGAAAAUGCCCGCUUUGUCUGCGAGGACUACUACGGACUUUUCGAGGCGCCCAAGGUGCAGCUGGUUUGCAAGGAGGACUUGAACUUCAUGUAUGUUCCGGGACACCUAUCGCACAUGCUCUUCGAGACCCUCAAGAACUCGCUCCGGGCGGUCGUCGAACAACAUGGUGCCGAUAAGGAUGAGUUCCCCGUGACUAAGGUAAUAGUAGCCGAAGGCAAAGAAGAUAUCACGAUCAAGGUCUCCGACGAGGGUGGUGGUAUCCCACGAUCGUCGAUUCCUCUGGUUUGGACCUACAUGUACACGACCGUGGAGCAAACACCCAACCUGGACCCUGACUUUGACAAGAACGACUUCAAAGCACCAAUGGCCGGAUUUGGAUAUGGUCUGCCGAUAAGCCGCCUUUACGCAAGGUAUUUCGGCGGUGAUUUGAAAUUGAUAAGUAUGGAGGGAUAUGGGACCGAUGUCUACCUCCAUCUGAACCGUCUCUCUUCGAGCUCGGAGCCCCUGCAAUGA